AUGUCUGACAUCAAGGAUGAAAUUGAUUCAUCCUAUACUGUUGUAGAGUCUAAUGAAAUUUCAAAGCUUUUUAAUUUAAAAUCUGUUGAUAUAGAAAGAUAUGAAAAUCUGCCAGAAAAAAUUGUGCCAUCUUUACCAAAAUUUACAGAAGGCAAAAUCCAAGCAAGUGAACUUUGCAAACUGUUUGGAGCCUUAUUACCAAGUUCACUCACUUUGGAUAAACAUGGCUACAGCAUGAAGACAACACAGAAAUCACUAGAAGCUGGAUCCUCUCCUCCAGUCAAACAGCUGCUUGAUGAACCAGAGACUGUCACCACCAUAGAAACUGGGUAUAGAUACUUGAUCGGUGUGGCCUGUCUGAGUGAUGAAGAAAUCUGGACAAGUGGAGAUAAAAACAGAACCAUGAAACUCUACAGCAUCAAUCAGGGAUCACUACUCAAGUCAAUCAGAACCAAGACGGGGAACACACCAACUGAUAUAGCAGUGGCAAAAAGUGGAGACCUACUUUAUACCAAUAAUAAAGAUAGAACUGUGAACAUUGUGAAGAGUGAGAAGAUAGAGGUGAUCAGAUUACAGAACUGGAGACCUAAAGGUGUCUGUAGUUCUUUCUCUGGUGACCUCCUGGUUACCAUGAUCAGUGAUGAUUAUAAACAAACAAAAGUUGUCUGUUACUCUGACUCCACAGAGAAACAAACCGUUCAGUUUGAUGAUAAAGAUAAACCUCUCUAUUCAUCUAGUUCUGAUUAUAUAACUGAAAACAAAAACCUUGAUAUCUGUGUGUCUGACACUGGAGCAAAUGCAUUAGUGGUGGUCAAUCAGGCCGGGAAACUGAGAUUUAGGUACACAGGACAUACUUCUUCUCCACAGAACAAACCAUUCCGCCCACAGGGAAUUACCACAGACAGUCAGAGUCACAUCCUUACAGCUGAUAAUUAUAACGAGUGUAUCCACAUCAUAGACCAGGAUGGACAGUUUCUCCGUUAUAUAGAAUGUGGACUUAAUAAUCCGAUAGGACUAUGUACAGACACAUAUGACAAUCUGUUUGUUGCUGAAUAUAACAAAGGUCAAGUGAAAAAAUUAAAAUUUCUGAAGUGA